AAGCACACGGCGGUCGUGACGUCGGUGCGGUGGUCGGGCGCCGGGCAUCGGCUCGCGUCGGGCAGCGACGACACGUUCGUCUUCGUCUGGGAGCCGCGCGCGGGCGGCGCCUGGGCGCGCGCCGCGACGCUGCGGGGCCACGGCGCCGACGUGCUGGACGUCGCGUGGUCCGCGGACGACGCGAUGAUCGCGUCGUGCUCCAUCGACAACAGCGUCUGCGUCUGGGACGCGCGGAACCUGGCGCUGCUCAUGGCGCCCCUGCGCACGCUCCGGGGCCACGCGAACUGGGUCAAGGGCGUCGCCUGGGACCCGACGGGCCGCUUCCUCGCGUCCGCGUCGGAGGACCGGCGCGUGCUCGUGUGGCGCGCGUCGGGCGACUGGCGCGUCGAGGCGACCAUCGAGAAGCCCUUCGCGGGCGUCACGUCCCAGACCUUCUUCCAGCGGUUGUCCUGGGCGCCCGACGGCGCGUCGCUCGGCGUGCCCAACGCGGCCAAGUCCAUGCAGGCGUGCGCCGCGGUCGUCGCGAGGGGUUCGUGGGACGGCGUCGCGGAUCUCGUCGGCCACAAGCACCCGGUCACGGUCGUCAAGUUCUGCCCCGCGCUCUUCGUCGACGACGACACGGGCGGCCGGGCGCCGCCGCGGUCCGUCGUCGCCAUCGGCGGCCAGGACGCGACGAUUUCCGUCUGGACGUCGUCCAAGGCCCGGCCGGUCGUCGUCUUCCGCGACUGCUUCUCGGGCGCGGUGUCCGACCUCGCCUGGAGCCGCGACGGGUCCUUGCUCGUGGCCGCGUCCCACGACGGGUCCACCUGCGCCUUCCGCUUCGACGUCGGCGCGGAUCUGGGCGAGGCGCUGUCCGCGGAC